CAAAACCUUCUAUAUUCUUACCAAACUUUUGAACUUGUCAAAACCAAAACUUAAAGAGCUUCCAACUUCUUCGUCUUCAAACUUAAACCAGAAAACUCAAAUGGGGUAUUACAGAAGGAGCAGCAUCUUUGAUUCAUUCAGUCUGAGCCCACUUCCCUACCCAGUUCUCUUGCUCUUAGCCCUCCCAUUAAUCUUUCUUGGCAUAUCGUCUUAUUUCAGCUACGAGGAAGCUCUUGAAACGGCCGAAGAACAGCUCAGUUGGGUGCUUUUUGCCACGCCGGUUUUGUUGAUUCUGCUCGUUCGUUGGCUGUCAUCCAUGGAAUACUCAGACAUGUACUUCACCUCUUCCUCGCCUUGGGACAAGCGCCGCCGGACCCACUACCAGCCGUCGGAGGGAAGCUCACCGUGGGGUGUGGCCGCCAUAAUCUUGUUGCUUCUUGUUCUUGUGCAGUUCCAGUCUAGCUUUCUGGAUAGCUGGUUCUGAGAAAUAAAUCAAUAUAUUUUAGAUAAAAAAAAAAA